ACAGGAACUCUGCAGUCUUCGUUCAGAGUAAAUGAAUUAAAGGUGUAAUCUGAAUACUUCGGUGUCUCCGGAGCAGCAACCGGAAGCCCGCAGGUUCAAACUGCGGUAAACUUGACUGCGGUGAGGCGCAGUGAGGGGGCGUCCAAACCAAACAGGAAGAAACUGGGAAAAGUCCCCGGACUUAAGCCGUUCAUCCCGGACACCGGCGGCAAACAGCCGGACGGGUUUUACAAACUACUUUUCCUCCGUGUUAAGAGGCUUGCGGACGGUCCCGAUGAACUCUGGAUGCGGUCCGCAGUCAGCGGCGCUGUUUCUGGGCUGACGCACCAGGAGGAGAGGAGGGAGGCGGGGGCUGUCACAGCAGCAUGCUAGGCUCGGUAGUUAGAGCGCUGGGCUAACGGAUUCUCUUACUAGACCUUAAACUUGUUAAAAACUUUUUAAAAAUCCAGCAGAGUCCUGUUUUUUUUUAAAAACAAACUCACUGGAACACAAGUAAGAUUAAAAUAUUUAAGCCUUUCAUCAGGAAAGUUAGCUUGUAAGCGCUAGCACAGCAAGUUAGCCUGCUAGUUAGCCUGCUAGUUAGCGCUCACCAGUAUUGUUGAAACAAAUAAAAAGUUAGCUUGUACGCGCUAGCAUCGCUAAUUAUGUUGCUAGCUGCCUCUCAAUGCUGACCACAGUUAUCUGUUAGAAGUUAGUUUGUCAGCGCUAGUAUAGCUGGGUGUCGCUCAUCAGCGCUCAGGUUGUGCCAGCAGGUCUGUUAGCGGGUUAAAACGCUUCAGAUCACUUCAUCGGCGCUGAAGACUUAACUCCUGAUCUGCUAAGUCCGUCUGCUCUGAGCUUCGGAUGGACAGAGGCUGAUCUGUGGAGAUUAAAUCUACUUUUCCAGUGUUGUGGUGGUGCUUUUUGUAACUGAAUUUCCCCGCUGCGGGUGAGUGUUGUUAGCAUGGAGGCAGGGGAGCCUGGCAGCAGCAGCUCGGAGCGAUUACAUAACGCCAACAGGUCGGGAGAGAAGCUGCUGAACGUCGCCGCCUCCUCCUCCCCUGCUUCCCGAUUCUGACAGCUGCAAGCGGCUCCUCUGGACACAAACACCCCGACAACAGCAGCAGGGCAGCAGCAUGAAGGAGGUGUGAGCUCGUUGGGAGACAACACACGCAACAAGAAGCCGACCAUUCUGCUGAAGAUGGAGUCAAACCCGCUCAUUAACGCCAUGGACCCGUCCAUCACUCUGUGGCAGUUCCUGCUCCACCUGCUGGAGGACCAGCAGCAGCGUCACCUGAUCUCCUGGACAGGUGAGGAUGGAGAGUUCAAGCUCCUGGAUGCUGAGGAGGUGGCACGCCUGUGGGGGCUCCGCAAGAACAAGCACAACAUGAACUACGACAAGCUGAGCCGUGCUCUCAGAUACUACUACGACAAGAACAUCAUCAAGAAGGUGAGUGGUCAGAAGUUCGUCUACAAGUUUGUGAGUCAGCCUGACCCGACGGCGCCCGAAGGGGUCCGCAGCUCAGAGGAGGGUCCAAAGAGAGACGUCUUGGACCCAAACAGCCAGUUAAAAGGCCUCAUGGCCUCCACCUGCCCGUCUAAAGGCUUACCCCAGCGCUCAUCACCCAGCAGCUCCCAGAAAAGCUCCAGAAACGACUACAUGAAGUCCGGUCUCUACUCCACCUUCACCAUCCAAUCACUGCAGACCCCACCCAACCCACGGCCGGUCAAAUCAGAGGUCCUGCUGCAGCAAGACCCCGCCCCCAAAGCUGACCGCAUGUCUAGAGAGGUCUGUGUCCUACCUGAGUCUCAGUCCUCGCCAUCAGUGGGUGGCGCUGUUGACUCUGCUCUCCAGGUGAUCGUUACUCACACGUCUCCCUGUCCGACACCAGCUCUCAGCCCGCAGAUACCCGCCAACACCACCAGCCAAUCACAGAACCCUCCGGGCCCCCCCCUGAAUGACCCUCCUCAGAUUUAUCUAACCAACGUUGGGGACCCCUCCUCUCUCACCCCCCUUAUUCCUCUCGGACCUGUGGGCGGGGCCAUCAGUCCUGUCCCCCCUCCCCAUGUAUCUGUGGGCCCACAGGGGCCGCAGCAGGAUGACUGUGGGGGCGUUACCAAUGCCACUACCUUCCCCCCUCACCCCCACCCGGCUCCUCACCCAACUCACCCCCCACCCGUCUUCGUCAUCAUCAACCCCCCAACCCCCCAACAGUCACAGCAGCAACAAGGAGCCAUUACAGCCCCUCCCCCCUCUCUCCUGUCUCCACCCACCGCCCACCCACCUCCUCUGCCCAUCGUCAUCAAGGAGGAGAACCUGCCGUCAGAGGAGGAGCUGCUGGAGAUGGUGGCCCUGGAAAGGAAGCAGGUGGAGGAGGUUCCUCAGCUGAUCUGUGGGUCAGGGGAACCAUCACCCCCCCUCACCAUUGUGGAGAGCCCGCCCCCCCCCUGCAUGGAGCCUGGGGACAGGGUUCAGCAGGUAGGAGGGGAGGGCGGUGCAGAGGAGGGGGCCAAAGACACACGUACAGAUCCCUCCAUCGCUCCAGCGGCAUCCUCACCAGCGGUGACCCCGACGUCGGAAGCUGCUCCCCCCAAACCAAAGAAGCCGCGGGGGCUGGAGCUUCCCUCGUCCCCGUCCCUCCCUCCCGGCCUUUCCCUGGAUAAGGUGAAUGCAGCCGUCAGCAGUUUACUGGCUCCUGGAUCAGCGACCAACACGCUCACGCCGACUGUCAUCACCUCCCACGCUCUGACUCCAGUCCUGCUGACUCCCAACGCGCUCCCCUCCACCAUCCACUUCUGGAGCACGCUCAGUCCCAUCGCUCCUCGCUCGCCGGCCAAACUCUCCUUCCAGUUUCCGUCUAACGGCAGUAACCAGAUCCACAUCCCGGCUCUGAGCGUGGACGGCCUCUCCACCCCCGUGGUUCUGUCCCCCGGACCCCAGAAGCCCUGAGCUCAAUGCCCUACUUGUGCAGCUCCUUGCUGGGCACAGCUUCACCUGAACACCCCCUCCUUUCUGGAGCUACAGAGGAAAACUGGAUCUGGACUCUGAAAGGCUCCUUUCAUAACCAUGAAGUGUUUCUGCAGCGUCAGGUUUGAACCACGAAGACUUCCCUGGUUUUUAGCAUCCAGAAGCUGGAGGAUGUCCCAGGUCCUCCUCACAGAGGGGCUGAAGGAAAACCUGAUUCUUGGACCCUGAAUGUGUCAAGAGACAGAUGAGGAAGAGGAUUUGUUCAGCAGCAGGAACCAGUUUCUGUUCUCUGAGUGAUGACUAAUUCCAGGUUCUGAUUCUGGAGAACGACUCCAGCCAGAACUCCUCUAACGUUAAAGGAUGAAACGAGGACGGAUGGACGGAGGCCCUGCAGGCCGGAGACGUUUUCUCUUCAUCAGAUGGUUUUAAAUCAUUUUGUUUAUUUGUGUUUCCAGUUGGUGAACUUUGGUGUUUGUAUCUGAGCAGAACCGGGUCAUGCCAGAGGACAUUCUCUGACCCAACUUCUGUUGGAUUCCUUCAAAAACUACUUUAGGAUGUUUAAAGUUUUCUGCUUUAUUCUUAUUGGCUGUUUUUCAGGCCACGCCUUCCUGCAGUUAUGUGCGGCCUGUCAUUGGACUGGGCAUCACUCUGAGCCGACCAAUCACAGAGAAGGACGUUGGUUGAUGGACGUGAUCCGCAGCGUUCCAGGUUUCCCUGAGCUGCUCUCGGGACAGAACUUAUCUGGAUUUUCUUGCUUUUUGUUGCGGAAGUUUUUGUAUUCAGAGCGGGAAAUGUGCAGAGAUGUCACAAGUUUGAUUCUGGGACAAAAACAUGUUUCCUGAAAAACACUGAAGACCCACCGAGGGCUCAGACGCUCGCUCCGCGUUUCCAGGACAUGAAACUUCAUGUGAUCAGAACUUCUGAUGUCCCUCAUCUCUGAGGCGCUCCAGACCGUCUUCGUUGCUGGACCAGGUUCUGGUCCGGUCCACCGGGUCGUGUCUAAGUGACAAAGUCGGAUUGAGAAUUUUAAUUCUUAUUGUUGCCAUGAAUCUAAUGAGUAAUAUUUUACAAGAAAAAAAAAACAUUUUUGUUGCAUUUUCCUACCAAAGCUACUGGAAAACCAGGAAUUUUAGGUCGGAAUCCUGGGACGAUGAAAACUGAUCAGUUGAAUCCACAUUGUUGAUGUUUUAGUCAGAAGCAUUAAAAAUGAAAACUUGUUUAAAUUCAGAAGAUCAGAACGGAAACGUGAGUCUGGAGCCUGAAGAGAUGAAGUUAUCAGAUGAUGAUGAUAUUGAUAUGUGACGUCACACACACAAUUUAACACACUCUAAAAACUGAAGACUGUUCUUUUUCCUGAUGCUAGCUGUGGUUUCCAUGGUAACCUGAUGACUGUUCUUGUUCUUGUUGCUGCUGCUGUAAAUGUUUCUAUGCUUGUGUGUUAAUGAGGCUGCUGACACGCACACACCUGAAGCAUCAGGAACUGAUGGUAACUCGUCAGCUGACUCGGUAAUCUGCAACUGACUCGUUAACUUGUCAGCUGUCUUGUUAACUCAGCAGCUGACACUAAUUUGACAGCUGAGUUGGUAACUCCUCACCUAUCUUUGUAAUUUGGCAACUGACUUAUUAACUCGGUAGCUGUCUCCGUAACUCAUAGAUGACUUGGUAACUUAGCAACUGACUCCGUAACUCUGUGGAUGAUGCGGUAACUCGGCAGCUGACUCGGUAACUUGGUGGAUGACUCAAUAACUCAGCAGCUGACUUUGUAACUCUGUGGAUGACUCAGUAACUCAGCAACUGACUUUAUAACUCUUGGAUGACUCAGUAAUUCAGCAACUGACUCCGUAACUCUGUGGAUGACGCGGUAACUUGGCAGCUGACUCUGUAACUCGGUGGAUGACUCAGUAACUCCGUGGAUGACUCGGUAAGUCGGCAGCAGACUCCGUAACUUGUAGAUGAUUGGUAACUCAGCAACUAACUCUGUGGGUAACUCGGUAGCUGUCUCCGUAACUCGUAGAUGACUCGAUAACUCGGCAGCUGACUUCGUAACUCUGUGGAUGACUUGGUAACUCGGCAGCUGACUCUAACUAUCUGCAUUGUGCAGUUUUUCCUGUUCCAGGUCGGUGACGGAGCCUCCAGGUUUAUCCAAUCGAAGCAGAACCUUUAUUGUGGGUUCCCUGGUGUUUGCCUCCGAUCAGUUCCUGAUGCUGAGAUUUCCCAGCCUGUAAACGCAGCGCAAGCCUUGGUGUUGGACUGUUUUCUCCCCGUUCGGCAUGACUUUAUUUUUCUACGUCUUACUGGCGAAUUUGAAGACAACAAAGCCUUAAAACGUCUU